AUGUGUUUCGAGUUGGUUGGAUAUCCAGAUUGGUGGGAUCAACAUUUGGAGAGGAAGAUGGAGAUAAAGAAAAAUUAUGGUGCUCCAAUGGCUUCAACAAAGAAAGGAAAGGAUUCCAUGGUAAUAUCUACAUCAGUAGCAAGGACAGGUAACAAUGGUAAGUUUUUAAAUGUUUCUUCACUUGUUUCGAAUAAUUCAUGGAUAGUUGAUUCCGGUGCCACAUACCAUAUGAAAUGUGAUUAUAAACAAAUCUCUUCCCUUAAACCAUCCUUACAAAAAACAGUCUCUACUGCAAAUGGCUCACAAGCUCCAAUUACUGGUGAAGGGUCAAUAUCUCUCACUGAAACUUUAAACUUAGAUUCUGUCUUAGUAGUUCAUACAUUAGACUGUAAUCUCCUAUCAGUUACCCAAAUAACUAAUACUUUACAUUGUAUAGUGAUAUUUUGGCCUGACUGUUGUGUUUUUAAGGACAUCACAAUGAAGCAAACGAUUGGUUGUGGUGUUAAGCAUGGGAGGCUGUAUUACCUGGAUUUGGUGUCAAGUAGUUCGGAUAAGCUGCGUCAAACUCUGCUUGCUGAUGUAUGUGAACUUUCAAAAAACCAUCGUGCUUCUUUUCCAUUAUCAUUCAAUAAGAGUCCAGUUCCUUUUAUGAUCAUACACUCUGAUGUUUGGGAGCCAUCUAAAACUACUACCCUGGGUGGUUCAAGAUGGUUUGUUACUUUUAUUGAUGAUUGCACUAGAAUGACGUGGAAUGGAGUAGCAGAGAGAAAGAAUCGUCACUUACUUGAAGUGGUCAGUGCUUCAUUGAUAAAAGCACAUAUGCCACUGAUGUAUUGGGGAGAAGCACUUACUUCUGCAGCAUAUCUUAUCAAUCGAGUGCCAUCCAGUACCAUUGUGUUUCAAACACCCCAUCAAGCUCUUGCUGAAGCAGUUGUGGCUCCAACUGUUCCUAAUCUGCCACCUCAUGUGUUUGGUUGUGUAGCUUAUGUUCAUCUGCACAAGAACCAACGUGAUAAGUUGGCUCCUAGAGCUCUGAAGUGUGUAUUUGUGGGAUAUGCAACAACUAAAAAGGAAUACUAUUGCUAUCAUCCUCCAACCAAAAGAAUGUUUGUUACUUUGGAUGUUGUAUUUCAUGAAGAUACUAUAUAUUUUUCAUGUGAGUUUGAACUUCAGGGGGAGUACCAAAAGGAAAUUCAGACUCUUAACUAUGAUGAAGAUAUAUCGGAAAUUGAUGUAUCUGUUAUUGUCAACUCUGAUGAUAUGGUAAGAGAAUCUGUUGAUGAAAGUUCUUCACGAGAAGAAACAGAAAGUACAGUAUUAGAUCGUGAUAUAGAGAUUCAAGAUGAGGUUAUGAUAGAAGAGAUUCCAGAGUCUACGUUACCUCAAGAAGAUGAAGCACAAAACCAAUCGUCUGCUACCGAUGUUCUUGAAGAAUCUAGGAGACAACUUCCACAACGUGUAAACAGAGGUAUUCCUAAACCCAGUUAUGAACCUGAAAUAUCUAGUAAGGUUAAGUACCCUAUGAGUCAUUAUGUCUCUCACCAUUGUUUGUCUAAAGCUAAUAAGGCAUUCGUGAAUCAACUAUCUACUGUUUUUAUUCCUAACAAUGUGCAGGAAGCAUUAGCUGAUCCAAAAUGGAGAGAAACUAUAGAAGAAGAAAUGAGGUCCCUUUUUCAGAAUGAUACUUGGGAUUAUGUUGAUUGUCCAGAAGGAAGAAAGAUUGUGGGUGUCAUUGGAUUUUCACCAUUAAAUACAAGGAAAAUGGUGAAAUUGAACGUUAUAAAGCAAGAUUAG